UCGUACGCCGGCCUCAUCGGCCAGGCGAUCCUGUCCAGCUCCGACGGCAAGCUGAGCCUCAACGAGGUGUACAACUGGAUCAGCGCCGUGCACCCCUUCUACGAGCGCGGCGACCGCGGAUGGCAGAACAGCAUCCGCCACAACCUCAGCCUCAACAAGAGCUUCCUCAAGGUCGAGCGUGAGGCGAACAUGCCGGGCAAGGGCGGCUUCUGGGCCAUCAAG